AAGAAACAAAUAAAACAUCUGCGUCAAGUUAAAGAUGAAAAAGCAUUUUAGCUUUCAAAAUAAGAGCUUGAACUGCAGUAACCCCCUGAAAAGCGACAUGCUAAUGGAAGGAAACCCCAAACAGAGCUUCAGUAACAUUUCAGACGAUCAAUUAGUACGUUACAUUUUAUCAGUAGGGAAUUUUAUAACAUGCUUUUUAUACUAAUUUUAUUUUGAAAAAAAUAUUUAGCUUCGGCGAUUUAACCUAUAUUCCGCCGAGGAUUGGCAUCUUUUUUUCUAGGAAAUUUAUUUAGCUUUUAYCUUGUAAACUGACGCAAAAUAACUGCGCGGACUAGUGUUCACCGAAGUAUCUCUCAGGGAGACACACCGACGAAAACACUAAUAAUUUAUUCAAAGUAAUGCUAGCUUCUUAGCAUGCAGACAGCUAGCCUAGCCAGCUGUUGUGUUUUGUCACUAAGGGCUAAUGUGCCCGGUCAACAAAUAUGAAUCAUUUAUUUACAACAGGGCAUACUUAAAGUGGAACAGUAGUUAAACUAUAGGGUUUAUGGUUUGUUUCGAGCUACAGCUUUAUUUAAAGAAGACAGUGCCACACAGUUCAGGAUGUGGUUUUGUUUUGGUGUUUUCCUGCUGUGGAUGUGGUCUGGAGGAUGCACCUCAGCUCGUGUUGAAUACACACCAGCAGAGUUUUAUGACAAACUGCAUUCUGGGAAAAUGAUGUUCAUCUACUUUGAGCAACAAGUCUCUCUCACUGUCUCUCUGUUCCUGGUGGAGCUGGAGAAGUCAGCAGCAGCUUUGCUGGAUUACGGAGUUCUGGUUGGAACGGUGAGCUGCAAGAAAGAGCUGGUACCAAAGUACUGCUUUGAGGAACGACACCAACACAUGGCUUUUCUCUUCAGGGGCGGCAGGGAGUUCUUGAGUUUUGGUUUAGACACUGUCUUCGACGUCAACUCCAUUGUGUCUGAAGUCCUUUUUGCCAUUCUGCGUGAAGAGGUGAAAUACGUCCACACAGAUGCCGACCUUCUGGCCAUGGAAAGAUCAGCUAGAGGGAAGAAGGACAUUGUUCUUGGUUAUGUCCGCAGUCUGGGAACUCAAGACCACAGAUCGUUGAUGGAGACGGCCUACGUUUACGGCUCCAAAUAUCAGUUUGUUCUUCUAACUGGAGGUCCGGUACUGAAACAGUUAGAGGUGAAUGGGUCGUCUCCGUCGUCUCGAGUGUGGUUCCUCCACUGUAGAGCUCACGGCGGUUUUAUGACCCCGAUGACCUCUGAACGCUGCCUCCUGACCCGCAUGAGGAAGACCCUGUCGACCCUGAACCUCCACUCAUUUCUGCAGCUCAUGGAGGCACCGCUGGUGUCUGAAGUGUAUGCCGAUCCCUCCUCGGUCCCACCCCCACAGUUCCCAUACCAGCUGAUYCCCCAGGUGUUCCUGUUUUCCCACCCUGCGACCGAGCACCUGGACCUGAACACGGCCUCUGCUCUGGCCUGGCGGCUGCGCGGUGUUGCUCUGCUGCUGCUGGUACACAGAGAGAGUCCUGCAGUCAAAACCUCUGAAGAGUUUAACGCCGCCUACCGGCUGCCUGAGAAGAGCUCUGAGGUGAGGUAUUUGACCUUACACAGCCUUGAUGACAUGUUGGAGCUCCUCACAGACACAGAGGAGGAAGAAGAGGAGGAGGAGGAGGAAGAGGAGAAUGAGGAGGGUUUACACUUUGAAAGGCUGGAUGAUGAAAUUGCAGCGUCUGUUUUUGAGAAACGAGCCAAUCAGCCGGAGACAGACUCCAUCAACCAGCUGACCUCUGACAACUUCCAUACUGAAGUGGCACAAAGCUACCACACAGUGGCGCUCUUCUACCUCAAAUGGGAUGCUGUCUCCAUGGAGUUCCUCAGCUCCUUCCUUAACGUUGCAAAGAGACUUUCAGAUUCAGAGGUGAACAAUGUUCAGAUGAGCGUGGUGGACUGUGGCGAGUGGACCGACCUUUGCGCCGCUCAGCUCGGGACCCCCGUCCCCUUCCAGCCAAUCACGAGCUUUCCCAGCGUCCUGCUGCUCCGCCCCCAGCAGCCGGCUCAGCUCUACAGAGGAAUGCUGGGUAGCGAGGCGCUGCAUCGCUUCAUUAUGAUGAGCCUUACAGCCUCUCCAAUGCUGCUGUCCACCCAGGAGGAAGUGACAUCAUUUUUACAGGAAGCACCUCACCCUGAGCUCGCAGGCUACAGGCUGGACAGAAUCCUGGGAUUAUUCAGRACGUCGACUGAAACAGGUUUCUCCAUCUUCACUGAAGCAGCAAAGUCCCUCAGAGGAGAAGUGCUGAGUGGACUUCUGACCGGUGAACCWGCACAGGAAUGGGCUGCAGAGCAAGACGUCCACCUUCCUGUGGUGAUGCUGUUUCCAUCUUGGAGGACAGACGCCCGUCCCUCUGCUCAACUCACGUCCUCAUCUGUUAAAGAGCUGCUCACACACAUCAACACUGCCCGGAUCCACCCAGUGCCUGAGCUGACGGUGGAAAACCUGCCGUUCUUCCUCUCCCUGGGCAAAGCUCUCCUCCUCCUGUUUGUGGGAGAAGAGGAGGACGAGUUCGGGUGGAGGCAGAGCCAGGCUCUGGUGGAGGAGCUGAGAGGAGUGAAGACAGACCAUUACCUGACCUGCUGGAUCCAUCUAGGCCGAACUCCAGCUGGUAUGUCUGUCCUGGGGUCUUACCUGGGCUCCAUGCCCCCACUCCCUGCUCUGGUUCUGACCCAUUUACCCACCAGAGACGAGGUCUAUCAGUUUCCACCCAACACCCCUAUAGUGGCCUCUUCUGUGCAGCGGUGGCUGCAAGAGGUCCAGGACGGGUCAGAGCCUCCUGCAGCGUGGAGGCUCAGUCAGCGAUUCCCUUCUUUCACACAUCGAUUAGGGGAGGACUUGUCAACAUGUGCAGAAGCUUGUGGAAACGAUGCUGUGAUCAAAGCUAAAGGAACACUGGGUGAGGACAGCUGGCCUCCUGCUUUCGACUUUUAUGACUUCCUGAAAGUCAUGGACCUGCAGGAACCCGACUCCACUGAGCAAAAACCCCCUCUGGAUGGAGAAGAAGAAGUUAAUGUUGAAGAACAUUUGGUGGCAGAACCGCCGACUGAUAUUGAUCCUAAAUUUCACUCUGAGUUGUAACACUAAGAUAACUGUACAUUGGAUUAAACAACCUGACGGAUGGUAGAUAUGUGUGUGGCAGACCAACAGGGCGCUCUACUCACACCCAGAUGACAGGAUGUUUUGAAACAAAAAGUCUGCAGAAGUGUUCCUGUUUGGUUCUCUGUUGGAGUUGAGUGAACGAGGUGUUUGAACACAGCUCCUGUGGUCUUAUCAUUACUCCUUCGUAUGGUGACCCCGACGUGAUAUGAACACACAGCCAGGACGAGGUUUUGCAGGCAACAUUUUAUAYGUCGGGGGGACUCUUUUUUUCCCAUCCCUGGCCCAGUACAUCAUUGUUUGAGCCAGAUUUUUGUCUCAAAGAGCUUAGACGCCUCUAAUGGUGCGUUCACACCGAACGCGAUUUCAGCAUCAGGAGCAUCAGGUUUA